AUGUUUGAUAUGAAAGGAUUAGAUCAAUGCGAUCAGCAUCACAAACUUCUAGAAUUCUUCUGUGAAGAUGAAGACCAGCUUUGCUUCAGUACUUGUGCUAUUGUUGAUCAUCGUAAAUGUCAUAAUGUUGUAGAAGUACAGAAGAUCGCCGGAAAGUUUACCUCUCAAGGUUCAAGCUUAAAGGGAGAAUGGCAAGAAGCAAAGGAGAAUGCUGAGUAUCUUGUAAAAUCCAUUAUCUCGUCAAAAGGGCAAGUUCAACUUGAUGCUAAAAAAAUACCCGGAACGAUAAGGCAAAUGAGAGACAAAGUUAUUGAAAAGUUCGAAGAUUCGGAGUCUUCUGUUGUUAAGGAGGUUGAGGAUUUGAAGACAGAGACUAUUGCAGAACUUAAUAAGAAGCAAACAAAGAAUGAGGGAUACGUAGUUGACGCAACAUAA